UCUCUAACUAUUUGUGGCCAGCACAAUUAUUUAGCGAGUUUCGUAUUUAAAUAAAUAAUUUAUAAAUUGAAAACAAACUCAUUAGUUUUAAAAAUUCCACAAUACCUUUGUGGUAAGUGUGUUUUGCAAGUCAAUAAAAAACUGUGCAGCUGAGUGAGUGUGCAACAACCAAAAAAAAAACCACAAAAAACGCCGCAUUCAAAACGCACGUGUGCCACAAUAAGCAACAACAUGGAAGCAGAGAACGGCGAGGGGCAGGUGCAAGUACACCUGAAGACCAAACAAGAACAUUAUGCUGUACCCGAUGUGCCAUAUGCGAUUGAGGGAAGCGUUGCUACAAACGAGUUAAACAUAUUCCUGAAUGCGUUGCUGCAAAAGCAGGGCAGCGAUGGCGUUGACUUUGAUUUCCUUGUGUUCGACGAAUAUCUGCGCGGUCGCUUGUGCGAUCAUUUGCGCGAGAAGGCUAUCAGCUUUGAGGAUGCUAUUGAAAUUGAGUAUGUGGAACGUUUUCCUGCUCCAGAGCCGCAGGAUUGUCUGUUGCAUGACGACUGGGUCUCAGCAGUUAAGGCACGCGAUAAAUGGAUUUUAACUGGUUGCUACGACAAUACCAUUAACAUCUGGACUAAUAAAGGCAAGCAUAAGCUCACUAUUCCCGGACAUACGGCGCCCAUCAAGGCAGUGGAUUGGAUCUCAUUGGAUGAGCAAUAUGGACGCUUUGUGUCCAGCUCACAGGAUCAAACGGCUAUGUUAUGGCAAUGGAACAUUGACUCGAAUGCAGUCGAAUGCAUUUCGGUAUGCAAGGGACACGAACGUGGCGUGGAUAGCGUCAGCGUAAGUCCAGAUGGACAGCGCUUUGCUACUGGCUCAUGGGAUACCAUGUUAAAGCUGUGGUCCGCUGAGCUGGAAGACAGCGCCGAGGGAACAUCGAAGCGUGCCAAAGAGAGCGGUGUUAGAACACCCAAAUUAACGCUGCAAGGACAUCGGGAGAGCAUCUCGGCAGUACAAUGGAUAGAUGGUCAGACACUGCUCACUGGCAGCUGGGAUCACACGCUCAAGGUGUGGGAUCUGAAUUUAGAGGGCAUCAAGACCGAAAUAUCCACCAACAAGUCGAUAUUCGAUGCCAGCUACUCCAGUUUGAAUAAGCUCAUUGUUACCGCAUCCGCGGACAAGAACUUGCGUCUUUAUGACUCGCGCACAAACCAGGGCUCUGUGGUGCGCAACACGUACUUGGGUCACAAUGCUUGGGUGCAAGCGGUCAUGUGGUCGACCACGGAAGAGUUUUUGUUCGUGUCGGGCGCCUAUGAUAACCAGAACAAGCUGUGGGACUGCAGAAGUCCCAAGGCGCCGCUUUAUGAUCUGCUUGGACAUGGAGAAAAGGUUCUGGACAUUGACUGGUCGAAUCCCAAAUAUAUAGUUUCUGGUGGCUCCGAUAACACAGUGCGCGUGUUCAAGUCGAAAAAAGCAAAUGUAGAACACAUGGAGACUAAAUGAACCCACACACAUUUUUUGACAUUAUACAAUUAUUAAUAGUGUAAUAAUAUAAGCGCCAAACGCAUAAGUUUAAAUAAAAUGUACAUUUUUUCUCUGCUCCACA